GUGCACUGAGGAAAUGGGCGCGGGGGCGGCGCGGGGGCGGCGCGGUCUCUGUGUGCACCCGGCUGCCGUGACUGUGUAGUUUGUGACGCUACCCGGACACUGGGUGCUCCGAUGCGUCCUCUGUCCUCCUGCUUCAGGGCCGCGUGGAUGCAGCGGCCCAGAAUGGCUCCGAGUGAGAUUUACGAACCCCACAGUGAAGGCCUGUAACAAAAAGACGCAGAACAACAGCUCUCAGAACCACAGCUUAAUCAGAGCUCCCUCCCAAGGCAGCGCUCUUGAACUCGGAGACCGCUUCCAGCCCUGGCCGUUGUACUCUGGCCAUUCUCUCCGAUGCCGGGAAGGCACAGCUUCACCCCAGGCUCCCUCUUAUUUCCAUCGGAUAGUGUGUGUGAUGGAUGGUGGGAGCGAGGGUCGUAGCAGGGGUGUGUCCUUAGUCUGGCCUGGCUGAGCUCGGGAAAAAGGCUCACUGCGUCGAUUCCCGUCACCGUCCCCCAAUCUUUAGAAAGGAGGAAAUCUAUAUGAUGUUUCCUCUUUGUUCCAUGAAGUGUAAUUUUAAUUUUUUUCCUAGACCCGGGGACAUUUGCUUCUGUGAAAGAAGUAAAAAAUAGGUCAGACUAAGACAAAAAGCAAUCCUGCUGUUAAUCUGGUUGAGAGAGAAAAGACAAACUAACUACACCGUUAAUAGAAAACGUUACUACUGCGCAGGUCACGCAGCAGUUGUAAAAUGCCAUAAAGACUCCCUUUUUGAGAGCUUAUAGCUUUCUUCCCAGUGUUGCUCCAGACCUGCUGCUCUGUUUUUAUUUUAUUUUGGGGGAUAGCCGCUUGCUAAAUUACCCUCACUUCACUAAUAGCCCUCAAUCCCCAGUUAGUCCCUGCCUAUCUUGUUCUCCCACUUCAGUAGCAGCGGUCAUUCCAGAAUGGUUCCCCACAGCCUCAGAAUCCUUCAGCUGGAGCACAACUGUUUACAAAGGAGCUUUUCUUAUCCCUCUCUUCUGUCACAUUCCAAUGAAUUUCUUCCCUCUCUUGAAUCAGUCCUAUUUUAUUGGACUCUGCAGGCUUAUUCCAGGUAGUCUUUAGCUGGUUAGGCUUUAACAACCAGCUGAAAUAUCCUACCCAUUGGCCUGGUAUUUUGUCCUUCCUUCCCAGUGAAUGAUGGAGAAGAUGAGGGUAGAACCCUGACUCCUACCAACGGUAGCCUCUCCUCUCCAUUGGCUAUUCAGAUGAACACUUGGCAGUCAUUUAAUUCCGCCUGUGAGCGGUUGCUUUCUAAUAAUUUAAGUGAUCUGCAGGUCAUACAGGGAGGCUAACUGCAUAGCAUUAUUUUAGGCUGUCAUUUAUUGAGAAGAUUACAGUUUAGUUGGAAUCAUACCCUAGAUGUCCUUGGUCUUUUCCACUGCCCUGAGGUCAAAGCAGGAAAAGAUAGGAGAAUGUUUGAUUGGUGACAAAGUCUUAGCUUUUCAGGCCUUUAGGAGUGGCAAGGUGAUAGAUUUUUAAUAGAGAAAUCUGUGUUAAGAAGAGAAGGGAAAUAUUAGUAGGAAGGAAGGAAAACAUUAGUAUAGAAAUUUGAUGAGUGAUUUGAGGUUUUUGACAGCGUGUGUGUGUUUCAGGUCACAUAUUUAUGUGGUCUUAUGAAAGGGAGUUUAGUGUAGGGGCAGUAUUAUGAGUCAUGGAGCUGAAUUAUCUGGAUUCUAAUCCUAACUUGCCAAUUAGAACUGGGUGAAGUUGGGGCAGUUCAUUUCAUCUCUUUGCACCACUAUUCCUUCAUCUGUAGAAGGAUAAUAACAGAACCUACUGCAUAGGAUUGCUAUGAAAAGGUGAAUUAACAUACGUAAAGUCCUCGGAUAAUGCUUGACACAUAAAUGCUCAAUAGAUUUAGUUGUUGUUAUUAAAUUGUAAUUCCAUGUUUUUCCUCAUCACCCAGAUCCAAAAAUUAUGAGGAUUUUGCCACGUGUGCUUCAUCCAUCUUCAUGCUGUCUGUCCUUUUGUUAAUUGUUGUUAAUCAAGAGGAAUUGCCUACCAACCUGAAGUUUUGAAAUUUAUUAGCAUUAUGAGGAAGAGUGGGGCUGAGAAGCUCAAAUUUUUUGUGGAAGAAUAAAGAAAGAGCAGAAGAGAAUUUUCUUUAAUAAUUGUGGGAAGGAAUCUGGCUUAUCUGAACUCUGCAGAUCUCUAACAGAAAUCUUGAAAAGGACUGACCAGUGCUUGCAGUUCGAAACAAUGGCCCAUGGUUCAGUGACUUUCAGAGAUGUGGCCAUUGACUUCUCACAGGAAGAAUGGGAAUUCUUGGACUCAGCACAGAGGGACUUAUACAGAGAUGUGAUGUGGGAGAAUUACAGCAACUUCAUCUCUCUAGCAGGACCUUCCAUGUCUAAGCCAGAUGUGAUUACCUUAUUGGAUGAAGGGAAGGAGCCCUGGAUGGUUGUGAGAGAAGGAACAGGAAGACAUCACCCUGACUUGGAGUCCAGAUACAGUGCCAAUAUUUUAUCUCCAGAAAAGGACAUUUAUGAAAUAUAUUCAUUCCAGUGGGAGAUAAUGGAAAGAAUUAAAAGCUAUAGCCUUCAGGACUCCAUUUUCAGAAGUGAUUGGGAAUGCAAAAGCAAAAUUGAGGGGCAAAAGGAACCACAAGAGGGAUAUUUUGGGCAAGUGAAAAUUGCUUCUGAAAAAAUGACCACUUACAAAAAGCAUAAUCUUCUUGCUGAAUAUCAGAGAGUUCAUAAUGGAGAAAAGUUAUAUGAAUGUAAGGUAUGUAGGAAGACCUUUAUUCGUCGUUCAACACUUAGUCAACACCUGAGAAUUCAUACUGGUGAGAAACCUUACAAAUGUAAGGAAUGUGGGCAGGCCUUUAGACAGCGUGCACACCUUAUCAGACAUCACAAACUUCAUACUGGUGAGAAACCCUAUGAAUGCAAAGAAUGUGGGAAGGCCUUUACAGUCCUCCAAGAACUGACUCAGCAUCAGAGACUUCAUACUGGUGAAAAGCCCUAUGAAUGUAAGGAAUGUGGAAAGGCCUUUAGAGUACAUCAGCAGCUCGCUAGACAUCAGAGAAUUCACACUGGCGAGAAGCCCUAUGAAUGUAAGGCAUGUGGGAAGACCUUUAGGCAAUGUACACACCUUACUCGACAUCAAAGACUUCAUACUUCCGAGAAGCUCUAUGAAUGUAAGGAAUGUGGGAAAGCCUUCGUAUGCGGUCCAGACCUUAGAAUACAUCAGAAAAUACAUUUUGGGGAGAAACCCUAUGAAUGUAAGGAAUGUGGAAAGGCUUUUAGGAUAUGCCAACAGCUUACUGUCCAUCAGAGUAUUCAUACUGGUGAGAAACCCUAUGAAUGUAAGGAAUGUGGGAAGACUUUUAGAUUAAGGCAACAACUUGUUCGCCAUCAGAGAAUUCAUACUCGUGAGAAACCCUAUGAAUGUAUGGAGUGUUGGAAGACCUUUAGUAGUUACUCACAACUUAUUUCCCAUCAGAGCAUUCAUAUUGGUGAGAGACCUUAUGAAUGUGAAGAAUGUGGGAAGGCAUUUAGACUACUGUCACAACUUACUCAACAUCAGAGUAUUCAUACUGGUGAGAAACCUUAUGAAUGUAAAGAAUGUAGAAAACCUUUUAGACUGCUCUCACAACUUACUCAACAUCAGAGUAUUCAUACUGGAGAGAAACCUUAUGAAUGUAAGGAAUGUGGUAAAGCUUUUAGACUUUAUUCUUUUCUUACUCAACAUCAGAGAAUUCAUACUGGUGAGAAACCCUACAAAUGUAAGGAAUGUAAGAAGGCCUUUAGACAACAUUCACACCUUACUCAACAUCAGAAAAUUCAUAAUGUAAUUUAAUACAAGGCUUCCAAAUGCACGUUAUGUUACAGAACAGAAAAUUCAUUUUUGAGAGAAUUUGUUUGAUGCUCAUCAUUUAGCAUAAAAAGUUUAUAUUACAGAAAAAAAUGUUGCUUUAAUGGUUGCUUCCACCACCAUUCAAGCAUUGUCUUCAGCAUAUUCAUAUGAGAAAGUAAUAUAAUGAAUGCAGGAAAAUCUUUAGCCUUAUCUAUCUUUAUUGCCAUUUGACCACUGUAUUACCAGUGUAUUAUUGGAUAGGUACUUAAAUUUCUGUGCCUCAUUUUGCUCACUUGUAAAAUGGUGAUAGUAGUAUCUAUGAAUAUUAGCUAUUUAUUGCUGCAUAAUAAAAUACCACAAACUUAGCAGCUUAAAAUAAUAUACAUUUAUUAUCUCAGUUUCUAUGGGUCAGGAGUCAAGGCAUAACUUAGUUGGGUCCUCUGCUUCAGGGCCUCUCACAAGGCUAAAAUCAAGGUUUCAACCAUGACUGAGUCUCAUCUGAAGGCUCAACUGGGGAAGAGAUCCACUUCUAACCUCACAUGGUUGUUGGCCAAAUUAAUUUUCUGAGGGCUGUUGCACUGAGGUCUUCAGAUUCUAGCUGGCUGUUGGCUGAAGGCUGACUUCAGUCAGGUCCUUGCUACAUGAGCCUCUUCAGCAUAACUGCUUGCUUCAUCAGAGAAUGCAAUCCAAGAAAGCAAGAGUCUGCUAGCAUCAAAGAAGCUAUCAUCUUGUGUUUCUAAUAAUUGAAAUAACAUUAUUUCAUUACCUUUUUACCUUCUAUUGCUUGGAAGCAAGAAACUAGGCUGCCCUGUACUCAAGGGAACAGGCUUAUAGAAGAGUAUGAAUCCCAGGAGGAAGGGAUCACUGGGGCCAAUUCAGAGUCAGCCUGCUGUAUCAUUGUGAGGAUUGAGUAGUUAAUACUUGGAAAAACAGCAGCCAUAUAGCAUGUUUUCUGUAAAUAUUAUCUAUAGUUGUUAUUAACAUCAUUAGUGUUAGUGAAUUCAUAUGAAAGGAAGAUCCUAUAGAAGUAAUAAAUGUAGAAAUGCCUUCUGUCACUGCUCAGUACUUACUAAAUUUAAGAUUAUUCUGGAUAAAAUCUAGAAGGUUAUAUUGAAUGCAGGAAGUUCUUCAUCAGUUGAGCUGCAUCACAAAUUUCAUGCUGAAAAGAAAACCUGAUGAAUUUCAUGCAUAUGAGAUUAAGAAUAUAGUGGUUGAAGAAGCAAAGAGAAAUAUGAAAUUGUUUUCCGAUAAUAAAUUACAAGGUAAAUGUUUUAUAAUCUGUAUUCUCUGACCGCCACUCAAGAUUAAUUAGAAAGUAUCCAAAAGAUGGCAAAAAAGAAAUUAACCACUUGGAAAUAUAAUUGUGUAUGUGUGUGUGUAUAUGUUACUCUUGUAGAAAGAAAGAAAAUAUUCCAUUACAACUAGUAAACUUUUUGAUGCUCAUAGUAUCCCAUCUUCAACCAGUAGGAGUUGGGUUUUUUGACAUGACCCCAGUUGCAGUUUGAUAGUUUACUUGGUUAUGGCUGCCUAAUUUGGUCAGCUUAGGAAGAUGCUUGGGUAUCAGUUCAUUCUGAAAACUAAUAAAUAAAGGGGAAAGUAUUUAUUUUGCUUUUUCCAUGUGAAUCAGGUCUCAGGGUUACCCAAAACUCAUCAAACUAAAACUUUUUUUAAUUUAAUAAAUCUUACCAGUAAAUACAGAAAAAAAAUUGAUAUUUGGAUUAGAAAAAUCAUUUUCUAGUUCCUAAUUUAAAGAAUAAUGUCCAGAAAGUGAUCUUCAAGGGAUAUUAAAACUAUUUGGGGAAAGAGUUUAUAGUGAGAACUUUAUAUUGGAUUUAUCAAGCUGACCAUCUUUAAGCCCUCUGGCUGAUUUUAACAUCUAUAAAAGUGGAACUGUCAGACAGUAUGCACCUCCUGGUAUAAUGCAGUUAGGAAGUACAUGUCACUACUAUGAAGUUUUCUUGCCAAAAUAAUGAACAGAAGAAAUCAAACUUUCAAAUCAAAAAAUUUUUUAAACCCAAGAAUUUGAGAAAUAGAUGAACAAAGUAAAUGAUACCACAGGAAGCAGCCAAGCAGAUCCAGAAUGUAUAAAAUUCCCAAAACAAUUCCCAAAAUUGACCUGAUUUCUUCAACUAUUGAGUGGCGUGAAAAAAGAAGGGCACUGUUACCAGAUUUUUAAAAAAGACUGGAGGCACAUCAACUAAAUUCAAUAUGUGGGCAUUAUUUGAACCCAGAUUGAAUAAAGUGUAAAAAGACAUUUUGGAGACUGGGGAAAAUGUGGACAUGCACUGAGUAUUAAGUGAUUUUUAGAAAUACUAGUUUUGUUGUUUAGUUACUAAGUUGUAUCCAUGGACUGUAGCCCACCAGGCUUCUCUGUCCAUGGGAUUUCCCAGACAAGAAUACUGGAGUGAGUUGCCAUUUCCUUUUCCAGGGGAUCUUCCCAACCCAGGGGUCAAACUUGAAUCUCUCGGGUCUCCUGCAUUGGCAGGUGGGUUCUGUACCACUGGCGCCAUUCAGGAAGCAUGAUAAUAAUAUCAAUGUGGUUAUUAAAAAAUAAAAGAUUUUAUGAUUGGAAAUAAACAUAUAGGAAAUGGUAAGAUACCCAGAUUGUAUUAAAAUAUUCAAGCAAAAGAAAAAUUGGCAAAGAGAGCUAUAAAGUAUCAAUAGACUGAUAAAAUGUUAAUAAUUACUGAAGUAGAAUGGUUGUUUAUGGGGGGUUCAUUGUUCUAAUAUUUUUACUUUUUUAUGUGUUUGGAAGUUUCAAUAAUAAAAUAUUUAAAAUCAAAACAGACUAUACACUGCUUCAGAAAUCAUUGUUAAUAAGAUGCCUGCAUAUAUGAACUUGUCAGAUGUCACCAAAGUUCUGUUCAGUGAGGAACUUAUGCCCCUGAAUGCAUUAAGGAAAUCUUGUUUGUAGGCCUAGGCUUCAUCUUCACUUUUCCACAGCCAUCAAAGCUGGGCCUGUCACAUGGAUAAAUGUGUUAAAGGAAUGAGUAAACCUUUAUGUCAAGAAACCAGGAAAGGAACAAAGUAAAACCAACAGAAGAGAAGCAAAGUAAAUUUAAAAUUAGAAAUUAAGGGGUUAGAUACUAUUAGACUUAAUCCAGUCUUAAUGACUAUAUCUUGGCAAGUCUAAUCAAUGAAAAGAAAAUGAAAUAUGAAACAGCAUUAAUGAUGACAAAAGGGACAUUACUACAGAUUAUCAAUAAUUUUUUCUUUUAAUUCUAAGGUAACACUAUUUGUAUGUACAAUAUGUAUUCCAAUAUAUGUCAAAAGAGGGAUUGCAUUUUCAUCUUUUAAGAAUGUUAUCACAACUGACUGUGCUCUAGAACCCAAACAGACCAACAAAUAAAUGUGUGUGUAUGAAGUUCCUGUUGAAGGAAAAAAAUCUGAUAGUUGCAUAGGUGAAAGUCUUAAGAAACAGAUAAUCCUUAACAGGAUUUUAGCAAUUAAUUUUGCACAAGUAAAAUAGUCCUGAUAUAAAACUAGAUGCGGAUAACUCUUAAAGAGCAAAAUCUAGACCAGCUUCAUUUAUGAAAAGUCUAUUAAUUCUAAAUAGUUAGAUUUAGAAUUUAUUACAAAAUCAGUCUUCAUUAAUAGGUUAGUGUUUUGCCUUUUCCAAGCACAAAAUAUCUCCAGAAGGCCUGUGUUUAACCUAGCACAAGACCUUAACCCAACAUUCUCCACAAGUUUGUUUCAGGGAUACUAAUCCAUGAGGAUAUUUGGGGGAAAAAGGUAUUGUGGGGAAAAUCAUGAAUGAAACAAAGGAUAAAAUAUCUAUUUUGGGGGAGAAAUCCAAGUACUUCUUACCAGCUUGUUAAAAGAUGUAUUCAAGAUGUAUUUUCAUUUAACACAGUGUAUCUCAAAUUUACUUCACUGUGCAAUUCUCUCACUCCAAAUAUCUCUUAACACCUUUAGAGUGUGAACCAUUUUAGUAGAUGUUAC